GCACGCAUGCGCAGUAGGGAAACGGUGGGACUUCAUUCCAGGCUGUCAGCGAGGGUUCCCUGAACCUCGCAUCCUGAUCAAUCGUCUACUGUGCGAACUUUACCUGCUGUAAUAAACAAAAACAACCAGAUCAUGAGUGGGGAUCAUGGACGCGGAGACUCUCAGGUCAGCUGUGGCCAAAAAGGAAGCGACUCUCAUAAACAUAAAGACAAGCACAAAGAGAAGGAACACAGACACAAAGAUUACAAGAAAGACAAGGAAAGAGAGAAAAUCAAGCACAUCAAUAGCGAACAUAAGGAAUCCUCUGAGAAGAAACACAGAGACAAAGAGAAGCUGAAGCACAGCGACAGCAGCUCAGACAAGCACAGAGACAAACACAAAGACAAGAGGAGAGAGGACAAGAUCCAAUCAUCCCAUUCAGAAAAGCCUAAGGAGAAGGAAAAUGGAUAUAUGAGAGAGACGAGUCCGGUUGUCGUGAAGAGUGAGCCUGAAGAGGACAACAGCUUCUAUCCGUCUCCAAAACACAACAAGGCCUCCAAACGAGAGCGUGACGAUGAAGAGUUUGAAUACAAGCCCAAGAAAGUCAAAGUGGAGCAUGACAAAAAGGCCAAGAAGAGAAAACAUGAGUAUGAAGAAGAUGAGGACGAUGAGGACAUCAAGCCAAAAAAGAAGACAAAAGACAAAAAAGCAACAGAUGGGAAGAAAACCAAAAAGGAGGAGGAGGAAAAAUGGAAGUGGUGGGAGGAGGAAAGGUACACGGAUGGCUCCAAGUGGCGUUUCCUUGAGCAUAAAGGCCCAGUGUUUGCUCCUCCGUACGAGCCCAUGCCUAAUAAAGUCCGAUUUUACUACGAUGGUAAGAUUAUGAAACUUAGCGCUGCAGCUGAGGAGGUGGCCACAUUUUUUGCCAAGAUGUUAGAUCAUGAGUACUCCACUAAAGACGUCUUCAGGAAGAAUUUCUUCAAGGACUGGAGGAAGGAAAUGACAUCAGAGGAGAAGUCAAUAAUCACAGACCUGAAUAAGUGUAACUUCAGUGAAAUGAAUGACUACUUUAAGGCCCAAUCAGAGGCUCGCAAACAGAUGUCAAAGGAGGAGAAGAAGAAAAUCAAAGAGGAAAAUGAGCGCCUUCUGCAGGAGUACGGUUUCUGCAUCAUGGACAACCACAAGGAGAGGAUUGGAAACUUCCGUACCGAGCCGCCGGGCCUCUUCCGGGGUCGUGGCGACCAUCCAAAGAUGGGGAUGCUGAAACGGCGCAUCAGACCUGAAGACAUCAUCAUCAACUGUAGCAAGGACUCCAAGCAGCCUAAACCUCCCCCAGGUUCUAAGUGGAAAGAGGUCCGCCAUGACAACAAGGUGACCUGGUUAGCAUCGUGGACCGAGAACAUCCAGGGCUCCAUUAAGUACAUCAUGUUGAACCCCAGCUCCAGGAUCAAGGGGGAGAAGGACUGGCAGAAAUAUGAAACUGCCCGCUGUUUGAAGAAGUGUGUCGAUCGCAUUCGUACUCAGUACAGAGACGACUGGAAGUCAAAGGAGAUGAGGAUCAGACAGAGAGCUGUGGCUCUGUAUUUUAUUGACAAGCUCGCUCUGAGGGCAGGGAAUGAGAAAGAGGAGGGCGAGACAGCGGACACUGUCGGCUGCUGCUCGCUGCGGGUGGAGCACAUUAAAUUACAUCCCAAGAUAAACGACCAGGAGUUUGUGGUAGAGUUAGAUUUUUUGGGGAAAGACUCUAUCCGCUACUACAACAAAAUGCCUGUGGAGAAAAGGGUCUUCAAAAACCUUCAGUUGUUCCUGGAGAACAAACAACCUGAAGAUGACCUCUUUGACAGGCUCAACACUUCCAUUCUGAAUAAGCACUUACAGGAACUGAUGGAUGGACUAACAGCCAAAGUUUUUCGUACCUACAAUGCCUCGAUCACCCUACAGCAGCAGCUGAAGGAGCUCACCUGCCCGGAUGACAGCAUCCCGGCUAAGAUCCUGUCUUACAACCGAGCCAACCGAGCUGUGGCCAUUCUCUGUAACCACCAGAGAGCACCACCCAAAACAUUUGAGAAGUCCAUGCAGAAUCUUCAGACCAAAAUUGAUGAGAAGGAAAAGCAACUAUCUACAGCUAGGAAGCAGCUGAAGGCCGCUAAAGCCGAUCACAAGGCUUCACAUGAUGAAAAGAGCAAAAAGACUGUGGAGGUGAAGCGUAAAGCUGUACAAAGGAUAGAAGAGCAGCUGAUGAAGCUCCAGGUACAAGCUACAGACCGAGAGGAGAACAAGCAGAUUGCUCUGGGAACCUCCAAGCUCAACUACCUGGAUCCACGCAUCUCUGUUGCCUGGUGUAAAAAGUAUGGCAUCCCUAUUGAAAAGAUCUACAACAAGACCCAGAGGGAGAAGUUCGCCUGGGCGAUCGACAUGGCUGAAAAGGAUUACGAGUUUUAACCGCACUUGGUGUUUUUACAUUUCUACCCAGGCCUUUGAUUGUAAGGGUGGUCUGUAGCUGAUGUCAUGAUGUUUUCACUGUGUGGCGUGGCAAGUGGAAGAAGAAACCAGGACUGCACUUAAGCUGUGAUCACAGGUUAAUAAGUCUGCUGUAAAUACUGACUGGCUGUGUACAGGAGAAAACUCGCUUCACUACACAUUGCCAUGAGGUAAAUCUCCUUAGGAACCUUUUUUUUUAGUAUUGUGUAUGUAGCAGGAGCUAUCUGACUGUAAUCCACACAAGUAUGAACACAUUAGUAUUAUGUUGUGUCAGAUGACAUGUUCUAAGAUUUGUAAGCCAUCAGAUCUAUUGGAAGAACCUAAUAUUGUCAUAGAAUAAUAAAUUAUUGUGUGUGGAAGACUGCUAGGAACAUCAUGAAAGGUGAGGAUGGGGUGACUUUCAGCUGCAAUGGUUUGACUGGGAUAGUAAGAGCGAGGCAGUGUGGAGGCACACCGAAUGUUGUCUCUUAUCCAUGCAGUCUUGAGUUUUUAUUUCAGGGAUUUUGUCACCUUUCAGUGAUUGUUUUUUUUUAUGCGUGCCGUAUGCAUCCUCAACAAAAAGCUCUUCACGUGCAGCUCCUGAGCACGUGUGUGUUUCCACAGUUUUACAGCAAACAGGGCGUAACGUUGAUCUUGGUUACAUGAAAUAACUGAAGCAGGCCAGCUGAAAGCCUUGCUUGGGCCCGGGACGAUAUAAUAUUAGAUGGGCCCCCAUACCAGGAUUCCUCCUUUUCCCCCGCUCUUUUAACC